AUGAUGAAAGAGAAUCAAACAGUGAUCAUUGUCGGAGCUGGCCCUUCUGGUCUCUCUGUUGCAGCAUCCUUAACAAACCAAUCCAUUCCUUACAUAAUCCUCGAACGAGAAAACUGUUUUGCAUCUCUAUGGAAAAAAUAUGCAUACGAUCGUCUUCAUCUUCACCUCAAAAAGCAAUACUGUGAGCUUCCACACAAACCAUUUCCACCUUCUUUUCCAUCAUACAUUCCUAAGGAAAUGUUUCUGCAGUAUCUAGAAGAGUACGUAUCUCACUUCAACAUCAAUCCUGUGUAUCAUAGGACAGUGGAGUAUGCGGAGUUUGAUGAAGGUUGUGGAAAAUGGAAGGUGAAGGCUGUGAAUAAGGAUUCUGGUGAAGUUGAGGAAUAUGAUGGAAGGUUUUUGGUUGUGGCUAGUGGUGAAACUAGUGACUCUUUUGUGCCGGAGAUUGAAGGGUUGAAGAGUUUUGGUGGAAAAGUGAUGCAUUCCACUGGGUUUAAGAAUGGGAAAGAGUUUAAAGAUGAACAUGUUCUUGUUGUUGGGUCUGGGAAUUCUGGUAUGGAGAUUGCAUUGGAUCUUAUCAACCACGGUGCUAAAACUUCGAUCCUCGUUCGAAGCCCGGUUCAUAUAUUGUCCAAAGGAAUGUUGAAUUUAGGGUUGUUUAUGAUGAAGUAUUUGUCAAUGGAGAUUGUGGAUUCAUUAAUGGUGAUGCUUAGUAAAAUCUUUUAUGGAGAUGUGACUAAUUAUGGGGUUGGCAGGCCUAAUGAGGGACCUUUCUAUAUGAAAGUUAAGUACGGCAAGUAUCCAAUUGUAGAUGUUGGAACCUAUCAGAAAAUUAAAUCUAAAGAGUUAAAGGUGUUGCCAACGGAAAUAGAAUGCUUAAGUGGCGGCAAUAAUGUGUUAUUCAAGAAUGGUGAAUUGCAUGCUUUUGACUCUAUUGUUUUCUGCACUGGCUUCAAGAGAUCAACACAUAAGUGGCUUAAGGGAGAUGAUUAUCUUUUGAGUGAUGAUGGUAUUCCGAAGCAAAGUUACCCUUUUCAUUGGAAGGGGAAGAAUGGUUUGUAUUGUGUUGGAUUAUCAAGGAGAGGUUUGUAUGGAGCUGCUCAAGAUGCUGAAAAUGUAGCAAAGGAUGUUAGAUCCAUCAUGCAAGAAAUUACUAUAUGA